AUGAUAGGGAACCAAACAUCAGUGACAAAGUUCAUUCUUCUUGGCUUGACCAAUGACGCCGAGCUUCAAGCUAUCCUUUUCCUCUUUCUGCUGCUAACUUAUGUCUUCAGUGUCAUGGGGAACUUGACCAUCAUCAUUCUGACCCUGCUGGAUUAUCGCCUCCAGACUCCUAUGUAUUUCUUCCUUCGGAAUUUUUCCAUUCUGGAAAUAUCUUUUACCUCUGUCUUUGUUCCCAAAAUGCUAGUCAACAUAGGAACUGGCGACAAGACGAUCUCCUUUGCUGGUUGUUUCACUCAGUACUUUUUUUCCGUUGUUGUGGGAGCAACUGAAUUUUACCUAUUAGCUGCCAUGUCCUAUGAUCGCUACAUUGCCAUUUGCAAACCUCUACAUUACACAACUAUAAUGAGCAGGAGACUCUGCAUUCGACUUGUCCUAUGUUCCUGGUUUUCUGGUUUUUUGGUUGUUAUUGUGCCCUAUGAAAUGGCUCUCAAGCUGCCUUUCUGUGCAUCCAACAUCAUCAAUCAUUACUGCUGUGACUAUACUAUCUUACUGCAUUUAUCCUGUUCAGACACACAUUUCAUAGAAGUGAUUGUGUUUAUCGUUUCUGCAGUUACCCUCAUCUUCACGUUGAUGCUUGUGAUUCUUUCCUACACACACAUUAUUGGGACAAUUCUGAGAAUCCCGUCUGUUCAACAAAGAAAAAGAGCAUUUUCUACGUGUUUCUCUCACAUGAUUGUGGUCUCACUUUCUUAUGGAAGCUGUAUCUUUAUGUUUAUAAAUCCCUCUGCGGAGGAUGCAGCAACUUUUAAUAAGAAAGUAGCUGUUUUAAAUACUUCAGUUGCCCCUCUGUUGAACCCUUUUAUCUAUACCCUACGGAACAAGCAAGUGAAAAUAGCCUUCAAAGAUAUGGUCAGGAAGAUAAUGAUUUUUUCAAGAAAGUGGAACUAUGUGAGGUUCAUUAUUAAAAUAGAUAAUAAAUGUUUGGAAGACCAUAGAUGUACAUAA